CUCCAGCCCACUAUGCCACUUCUCACACAUCUCCGAACCACAAAGAGGCAUACCAUUUAAUCACCGACUAUGGCAACUACUGCGCUUUCAAGAAACUGGAAGCAGCUCCAAGAGACACUGAAAAAAUCCUCCUCCACCACUCCCACCAAUUCUUCAAAGCGCAAGUCUUCAUCGAUCGAAAGCCCCACCAGCAGCAGCAGCUCUACAAUUACAAGGGCAAAAAAGGCAAAGCGAGCAAGAACCCCAAGCAGCACUGCCGCCAACCCCGCCAACCCACCCUUGAUACCACGAGCUUCCAAACCAACCCCAACCUCAAAAGUAUUGAAGAUGUCCACUGCCGCCCCAAAACCAACCUCCUCGGCGCUGGCGCUCUGGGCGGAAGAUAAUGACAUCUCCCCUGCGGAUCUGCAAAAAGCAUACAACCUACCAUUGACCAGCACCACCCUUCCACCCCCCACCGGUUCGGCCAUAGAGCCCGAGGCGUCGGGGUCGCCCUCGGCAACCGAACCCAAAAAAUACAUCUCACUCGAUUGCGAAAUGGUCGGCGUGGGUGGGCCUACGAACGAGCGCUCCGCGCUCGCCAGAGUCUCGAUAGUCAACUACCAUGGGCAUAUAAUCCUAGAUACGUUCGUGCGGCCGAAGGAGAGGGUUACGGACUGGAGGAGUUGGGUUAGUGGUGUUACGCCUGCGCAUAUGAUUCACGCGAGGGAAUUUGAAGACGUACAAAAAGAAGUAUCGGCCAUUCUUGCGGAUAGGGUUCUUGUCGGGCAUGCGGUCAAGUAUGAUCUUGAGGCGUUACUGUUGAGCCAUCCGAGGAGGGACAUCCGGGAUACUAGUCGACAUCCCGGAUUCAGGAAGUUUAGUGCUGGACGUACGCCCAGAUUGAAGAAGCUUGCCCUCGAAGUGCUGGGGAUUGAGAUUCAGGGCGGGGAGCAUUCUAGUGUCGAGGACGCACGAGCUUGCAUGCUACUAUACAGAAAAUUCCGCGAUGAGAUUGAAAAAUUGCAUAAACCAAAGGCGCCAAAGGGUGCAUCUGCCAAGUCAGGUGGGGGGAAUGGGAAAAGGAAAAGGAAAAGGAAGGCUUAAGUAUUAUUUAUAUAAUGGGCUUACCCAAUGCCUUUCUGCCUUCUCGCCUGCUUGUAUUAAUACUGGGAUUUUAACCAGUCGGUUCGCCCACAGUAGUAGUUUCUGCGCAACUAUAUGGUUCAUAGCAAUCUCAAAUUCCAUCAUU